AUGAAAAGCGCUUGGCAAGUUGUUUCUCAAACGACAAUUUACAAUACAUUUCGUACGGCGGGUUUCGUCUAUCCAAACACUCAAGGUGAGACCAGUACUACAAUGAACAAUAAUGGUGAUAAUGAUUUCGACGAUGAAAUCACUACUGACGACGUCUCAACAGCUUUACAAAAUUUAGAUACACUUCUUGCUCAUAUCAACAUCGGCGGACAUUGUCUUACUGCUAAUGAAUUUAUCGAAAUCGAUUCAGAAACUCCAGCUUUCAACGAUUGGAACGAUAUCAAUGACGAUCUGAUCGUCGUCGAUGAAGACUGUAGUGGGAACAUAACCACGGAUAACAAUGAAGAUGGCGACAUGCCAAGUGAAACACCAUCUAAACUCACCGAAGCAAUGAAAAUGGUUUGA